UGCCCUCUGGUCCUAGACCCUCCCAUUACUGGAAACAUCCUUUCCACCUCCAUCCUAUCUGGGCCAUUCAUUAUUAGUUAUUGUGCAUCCAUUGUAGUCCUGAAGGCUGCAGAACAAAUGGUGAUAAAUGGGAUGAGUAUAGAUAGGUACACGAUGGUCAGUCUAGAUACAACGGGCUGAAGGGCCUGUGCCUGCGCUCUCUGAUGCUAUCAGAUCAUGACACUGAACUGCAUUCCUGAAUUGUUGUCCUUAGGGAUGGUAAUCCAUUUACUGCUGACAAUGACGAUGUUCGGAUGCACAUUCACAUCAGACUAUGGAGUGAAAUGUUGACGUGUUAUCUCUCUUCUUGCACCCUCUGUCCUUGCCCCUUUCAUGCUGUUGUUUUCGGAAUUGCUGUUAGAAAAGGGUGAAUAAUGUUAUUUCAUCAACCACUGUGCUGCUUACGCAAUAGGCGUGAGCGUUUCCCUCACGGUUUAACUUGUGCAAGCAGAAUAUUUUUUUGUUAUCAGAGUAAAAAAAGUCAAGGGGUUGUGGCAAUAUUGACAAAAAUUGGCUACACAUGCAAUGCCCGCGAUGUGAUGACCUUAUUGAUUGGGUUCCACAGACUGUGAGGAAGGAGUCCAUUGGUAUAUUGAAAGCUGUCUGAGAAGUACGGCCCAAUCUUCAGCAUCAAGCUUGGAACCAUGAAGGCUGUGGUCCUGACCGGCUACGAGACCGUGAAGGAUGCUCUCAUCAAUCAUCCCGAUGAGUUUGGAGGAAGAGGUCGCAUCCCAAUAUUUGAUGUCACAGCCAAGGGUCAUGGCAUCAUCUUUGGUCAUGGGGAAUCGUGGAAGCAGAUGCGAAGAUUCACCAUGUCCACUCUGCGGGACUUUGGAAUGGGCAAGAAAUCUGUCGAAGAUAAAAUCAUUGAAGAAACCCAUUUCCUCGUAAAAAUGUUUGAAUCGUACGAAGGCCAAGAAUUUAAUCCAACCCUCAAGUUAAACAUUGCUGUGGCCAAUAUAAUCUGCGCAAUAGUUUUUGGUGACAGAUUUGAUUACGAUGAUGAAAGGUUCAUUAGUUUGGUGAAGAGAGUGAAUGCAAAUGUGCAACUUGGUGGAUCUCCGAUGGUGCGGCUCUACAAUGCAUUUCCCAUACUGGGAUUUUUUCCUGGUUCACACAAGAAAAUGUUGCAAAAUGCACAAUUAAAUAUUGGAUUCAUCAAAAACAUUAUGAAUGAAAAUGACCAGAAACUAGAUGCAAAUGACCCAAGGAGCUUUAUUGAUGCCUUCUUGUUAAAACAGCACCAGGAGUCAGGUAAUCCAAACACAUAUUUCCAUGAAAACAACCUGUUAUUCACAGCAUCUAACCUGUUUGUUGCUGGGAUGGAGACAACUUCCACCACACUUCGUUGGGCCAUGCUGCUGAUGAUGAAGUACCCCCACGUUCAGGAGAAAGUUCACGAGGAAAUCACCGGUAUCAUUGGGUCAGAACGGUCGCCCAGAACUGAAGAUCGGACGAGUUUGCCCUACACCAAUGCGGUGAUCCAUGAAGUCCAGAGGUUUGGCAAUGUUGUACCAAUGAACCUCCUGCAUUCAACAACAGCGGACGUAAACUUUAAAGGAUAUUUCAUCCCAAAGGACACUCCCGUGAUCCCCUUACUGACCUCGGUCCUUUUCGAUAAAACUCAGUGGGAAAACCCGAGAACCUUUAACCCUUCCAACUUUCUGGAUGCUGAUGGGAAGUUUGUGAAGAGAGAUGCUUUUGCUCCAUUCUCCAUGGGACGCAGGGCCUGUGCUGGAGAAACCCUGGCCAGGGUGGAGCUCUUCCUGUUCUUUACCACUCUGAUACAGAAGUUCCGGUUUCAAGUCCCCCCGAAUGUGAACAAUCUGGAGCUUGUGUCCGGUGUGGGCCUCACAUCAUUCCCAAAAUACCAAAACGUGUGUGCUGUGCGUCGCUGAUGUCAACACAUCCUUUGACAGAAUAAAAAUAUUUGGCAAAGGAAAUCUGUGAGAAAA